CGAAGUGGGUGGGGGGUGGAGAACGAGCGGCCGUGGACGGCGCCUGCGCGGUGGGCGUGAUCCGGGCACUUAGGGCAGGAUGAACGCUGCUUUCCAAGAUGGCGACGGAGGGAGGAGGGAAGGAGAUGAACGAGAUUAAGACCCAAUUCACCACCCGGGAAGGUCUGUACAAGCUGCUGCCGCACUCGGAGUACAGCCGGCCCAACCGGGUGCCCUUCAACUCGCAGGGAUCCAACCCUGUCCGCGUCUCCUUCGUAAACCUCAACGACCAGUCUGGCAACGGCGACCGCCUCUGCUUCAAUGUGGGCCGGGAGCUCUACUUCUAUAUCUACAAGGGGGUCCGCAAGGCUGCUGACUUGAGUAAACCAAUAGAUAAAAGGAUAUACAAAGGAACACAGCCUACCUGUCAUGACUUCAACCACCUAACAGCCACAGCAGAGAGUGUCUCUCUCCUAGUGGGCUUUUCCGCAGGCCAAGUCCAGCUCAUAGACCCCAUCAAAAAAGAAACUAGCAAGCUGUUUAAUGAGGAAAGACUAAUAGACAAGUCACGCGUAACCUGUGUCAAAUGGGUUCCUGGUUCGGAAAGCCUUUUCCUAGUAGCCCAUUCAAGUGGGAACAUGUACUUAUAUAAUGUGGAGCACACUUGUGGCACCACAGCCCCCCACUACCAGCUUCUGAAGCAGGGAGAGAGCUUUGCCGUGCACACUUGCAAGAGCAAAUCCACGAGGAACCCUCUCCUUAAGUGGACGGUGGGCGAGGGGGCCCUCAACGAGUUUGCUUUCUCCCCAGAUGGCAAGUUCUUAGCGUGUGUGAGCCAGGACGGGUUUCUGCGUGUGUUCAACUUUGACUCAGUGGAGCUGCACGGUACAAUGAAAAGCUACUUUGGGGGCUUGCUUUGUGUGUGCUGGAGCCCAGAUGGCAAGUACAUUGUGACAGGUGGAGAGGACGACUUGGUGACAGUCUGGUCCUUUCUAGACUGCCGAGUAAUAGCUAGAGGCCAUGGGCACAAAUCCUGGGUCAGUGUUGUAGCAUUUGAUCCCUAUACUACUAGCGUAGAAGAAAGUGACCCUAUGGAGUUUAGUGGCAGUGACGAGGACUUCCAGGACCUUCUUCAUUUUGGCAGAGAUCGAGCGAACAGUACACAGUCUAGGCUGUCCAAACGGAACUCUACAGACAGCCGUCCUGUAAGUGUUACCUAUCGGUUUGGUUCAGUGGGUCAGGAUACACAGCUGUGUUUAUGGGACCUUACAGAAGACAUCCUUUUCCCUCAUCAACCCCUCUCAAGAGCAAGGACACAUACAAAUGUCAUGAAUGCCACAAGUCCGCCUGCCGGAAGCAAUGGGAACAGUGUCACUACGCCUGGGAACUCUGUGCCCCCUCCAUUGCCACGGUCCAAUAGCCUUCCACAUUCAGCGGUCUCCAGUGCUGGUAGCAAAAGCAGCGUCAUGGACGGGGCCAUUGCCUCUGGGGUCAGCAAGUUUGCAACUCUGUCUCUGCACGACCGGAAGGAGAGACACCAUGAGAAAGACCACAAACGAAACCAUAGUAUGGGACACAUUUCCAGCAAGAGCAGUGACAAACUGAAUCUAGUUACGAAAGCCAAAACGGACCCAGCUAAAACUCUGGGAACAUCGCUGUGUCCUCGGAUGGAAGAUGUUCCCUUGUUAGAGCCGCUGAUCUGUAAAAAGAUAGCUCAUGAAAGACUGACUGUAUUGGUAUUUCUUGAAGACUGUAUAGUCACUGCUUGUCAGGAGGGAUUUAUUUGCACAUGGGCAAGGCCUGGUAAAGUGCCGGCAGAGCAGUUCUGCAGGCAGGAGGACAGAGUGCAAGGUGUUCUCCAAGACCAGAACUAAAGGGCUUGUUGUCAUCCCCAAACCAGGCCAGUUCUCCAGGUGGGACUGUAGUGUAGCAGCUGCAUGCUGCUCCCAGGCUCCCCCGGACACGCGUGGACUGAGGGAGUGACAGACGACAACGGAGCCAUGAGCUGCGCUGGAGCCACAUGCAGGCGGCAGGCAGCGGCAGUCUGCAGGGCUGUGUGGAGCUGCUAACCCAAAGAGUUGCUUCCAUUUUUAAGUCAGUCUGUUGGGGCUGCAGUAAAAAAUGAGAAAUGGA